AUAUCAUAUAUAUAUUCUAUAAUAAUAUAAUAUGUUUUAGCUUGGUGGCCCUAAAUGGUCUGAAUGAAUGAGAACAUAUUUUAACGUUGUCAUGUCUGAGAGAGAAUUUUUGUUAACUGUGGGCUUUACGCAGUUGACCAUUUAGGCCUCUCCAACUAGAUGUUGAAGUGUGUGUACAGAUAGGGCAAGCACAAAUAAAAUGCUGACACCAAGAGUUUGUCUCGGAAUUAAUAAGAGUGUAUUUCUCAUACAGCGUGUUUUAAACCACGUUUUAUGUGUACAUAUUUAGGCAGUCCUACAUUUUAAAUAUAAAAUAAGAAUACAAAUGAACACAUACAUACAGAUACACAUUUAGAGUCAGGUCUGACUUAAUAGGGUUUGAAAUCUGAUUUUUAAUGGUGAUGAUAGUUCAAGCACACGUUUCUGUGUGGUGCGCAUAAGCAAAAGAUGCAUCACUAAUCUGUAUUGCUUAACUGUACGAAUAAACAAAGUAGUUACACGGCAAGCCAUGGCAUUUUCCUUUUGUCCAUUUAGUGAUUUAUAUGCAAUUAGAUCAAAAUCCACUGUAAUUUAAGUUUAUUUCGGCAUAUAAUUUGGAACCUGGUUUCUCAGCGUCAGGGAAUAUAGACAUGCAGCUAAACUGAGUCCAACACAGCUAAACAGGAAUUAAGCAAGCAUAAGCUAUGUACAGUCAAGUAUGUGACACACAUACAGAGAUAAACAAACAACAUUGUGGGAUUCUAAAGGCCUUUAUUUUGAAGUCAGGUUCACGUCUCCUCGGGUCUGUAGACGCUUGACUCACGAGCGAUCAACCAAACGUCCCGCCCGAUGUUCAGUCUUCAUGGUUGCCAUGGUAGGCAGGUUGAAGUCCCGCCCUUUGACCUAUACUAUACUGUACCUGAUUGGCUGACGGUUAUGUUGUGUCGAUGAUAAAGCAAUUUCAUUGGAUAAUCCCAUUGCCAGACGACAUGUGAAUUUAACCGACUUCCUGCUUUUGUUAGGUUGUCCUCACUGACAUGUUUUUCAAUCAACUCUGAAAACAAGACGAACUGUGUCCGUAUACUUUUAUUCCUCACUGACUCAGCGUUGAAUUUACCGCGGGUCGAUGUCCAAAGACAACCGCCAUGAUGGAAGACGGCGUGGAGCUGGUCAACACCGUCCCGGCCCGAGAGUUAGCCAAGGUGGUGACGGGAGGGAGAGGUCUAGGAGCAACAGCUCAGGCUCUUCCCAUGGAGGAGGCAAAAACAAGAAUACUUCCACAACCGCUUUGAAGGCAUCUUUUGAGCGCUCCAACAGCCAUGACAAGGUGAGGAAGAUCGUUGCUGAGGAAGGCCGUGCUGCCCGUAACCUCAUUGCCUGGAGUGUUCCUCUGGAGAGCAAAGAGGAGAAAGCAAAGUCCAAAAGCCACUCCAGUUCCCGGGCCCAGAGGAUCAAGUCUAGUCAACAAAGGAAUAAGAAACAGAAUGCUGAAAAUAAAGUCAAAGCUGGUAUCCUGUUGGACAAGGGGCCAGAGAAGAGCCCCACCAAAGCCAGACAGCCGCGCAAGGUGGACCUGCGAGCGCGCUACUGGGCUUUCCUCUUCGACAACCUGCGUCGAGCUGUGGACGAGAUUUACGUCACCUGUGAAUCCGAUCAGAGUGUCGUAGAAUGCAAGGAGGUGUUGAUGAUGUUGGACAACUAUGUACGGGAUUUCAAAGCUCUCAUAGACUGGAUCCAACUCCAGGAGAAGUUGGAGAAAACCGAUGCCCGGGACAGGCCUACGUCUUUAGCCUGGGAGGUGCGUAAGAUGUCUCCUGGACGUCAUAUGAUGCCAAGUCCCUCGGCCGACAGAAUGGUUCCUUCUCCAGGUGCACGUCGCAUCCUCAACUUCUGUGGCCCCCUACCUACACUGGCUGCAGCCCGGCUUUGCCACACAGGCCCCAGCUGGGCGGAUCGAGUGAAGUGCACUCAGUCCGUCCCGAGCUCCAGUCAACCAACCACCGCCCCUGUUGAAAAACUGGGUAAGAAGGAUGCUGAGGGUUGGGAGACGGUCCAGCGAGGACGUACUACCAAGCCCCGCUCUGUCGCCAUUGUUGCCAAGGUCAGUCCUGUCGUGGUUCACGUCGCUCCAAAGCAGGACGGCGUCAAGUCACAUCUGCCGCCAACGGAAGAGCAGCAACUCAACCCUCUGUCGGACAAGGACGCAAACCAGAAGGAUGCUGAGCAGCCGGUCCCCGUGGAGCUCGACCCGCUGGAGAAAGUCGGCUGUCCAGGGAACGGGAACAUGACGGAGCCCCCAGCAGAGAGUGUACAAGACUCGGGGCAGUGUGUCGACGCGCCUCCCCCCAUACGAGCUCCUACCCCAUCCCAAGCCCCAGAGCCCCCCCCAUCCUCAGCCACAGUCCCAUCAGCAGACAUUACCUUAUCCGUCCAAGUCCCUGCUCCGGCCCUCUCAACAUCCUCAGACCUUCCCCAGACGGAUGGGCUCGGUGCACUGUCGGCCUUUGGGGACAGUGUGGCUGAGGGUGGCGCGUCACAGGGCACGGCCACAUCUGCUCCAGGACAGGCUGAGACCCCAGUAACAGCCGUGAAACUGGAGAGUGUGUUGGACCCCACAGAGCUUUCUACUCCACAGUCCAUGGCCGAUGUCCUGGCCAAAAAAGAGGAGCUUGCUGACCGACUGGACAAAGCCAACGAGGAGGCGAUUGCCAGUGCCAUCGCUGAGGAAGAGCAGCUGACCAGAGAGAUUCAGGAUGAGAACAAUGACCUGGAGACUGACAAUGAAAGUGACUUCACUGCUAGCAUCGGCAACAGUGUCUGUGGUGUCAAUAUAGAUUGGAGUGACAUGCUGGCAGAUUAUGACGCUCGUGAGCCAUGGCGUCAGAGUAACUCAUGGGGGGACAUAGUCGAUGAGGAACCUGCCCGACCUCCUGGACAUGGAAUCCACAUGCACGAGAAAUUGUCCUCACCAUCACGCAAAAGAACCAUUGCAGAGUCAAAGAAGAAACAUGAGGAGAAACAGCUGAAGGCUCAGCAGCUGAGGGACAAACUCCGGGAGGAAAAGACUCUCAAACUGCAGAAGCUCUUGGAGAGGGAGAAAGAGGUGAGGAAGUGGAAGGAGGAGUUGUUGGAUCAGCGUCGGAGGAUGAUGGACGAAAAGCUGUUGCACGCAGAGUUGAAGCGAGAGGUUCAGCUCCAGGCGAUUGUAAAGAAGGCCCAAGAAGAAGAGGCCAAGGUCAAUGAAAUCGCAUUCAUCAACACUCUGGAAGCCCAAAACAAGAGGCAUGAUGCCCUAGCCAAGUUAAAUGAGUAUGAGCAACGCCUCAACGAGCUGCAGGAUGAGAGACAGAGGAGACAGGAGGAGAAGCAGGCCAGAGAUGAGGCGGUGCAGGAGCGUAAACGGGUCCUGGAAGCAGAGCGGCAGGCCCGGGUGGAGGAGCUACUGAUGCGGAGGAAGGAGCAGGAGACUCGUAUUGAACAGCAGAAGCAUGAAAAAGAGAAAGCUCGAGAAGAUGCCGCACGGGAAAGGGCCAGAGAUCGAGAAGAGCGUCUGGCUGCUCUUAGUGCUGCUCAACAGGAGGCCAUAGAGGAGCUGCAGAAAAAAAUACAGCUGAAACAUGAUGAGAGCAGCCGCAGGCAUAUGGAGCAAAUCGAGCAGAGGAAGGAGAAGGCUGCUGAGCUCAGCAGUGGUCGACAUGCAAACACAGACUACACCCCCAAACUGACCCCGUAUGAGCGCAAGAAGCAGUGCUCCCUGUGCUGCGCUGUGAUCACCUCAGAGGUGCACCUGUUCAGCCACACCAAGGGCAAGAGGCACCAACAGGCCGUGCGAGACAGUAGCAGCAUCCAAGGACGGGAGCUCUCAGAUGAGGAAGUGGAGCAUCUUUCCUUGAAAAAAUACAUUGUGGAUAUCGUGCCGGACAGCUCUGUGUCUUCUAAGAGCAUGAAGGAUGGAGAAGAAAGGCAGAAGGCACGGAAGAAAGCGAAGAAGCUCCGUGCCAGAAUGAACUCCAGGGCAAAGGAAUAUGAGAGGUCAAUGGCGGUAAAGACACAGGUCCCCGAAUCCCCAUACAAGGCCAAGUUGCAGCGCCUGGUGAAGGACCUGCUGAAGCAGCUGCAGGGUCAAGACAGCGGCCAGAGCACCAACAACAAAGUGUCUGGCCUGGACAGAACUCUGGGAGAGAUCUCUCGCAUCUUAGAGAAACAGAACAAUGCAGACCAAGUGGCCUUCCAAGUAGGCGGCGGCCUGUCUGCUUUGGAACAAAUUCUGCAGGUCGUUGCCGCUGCUUCCACACCCACUGCAGUUCAUCGUAUUCCUCUCAAAUCCCUCUGUGCUGCUAUAAAUACCUACUACCUGGCGUGUUCCUGCUGCCCCCCCAGCUGCUCCUAUGUGCUGUUUAGCAACAAGAUAGCACUCCUCAUGGACUUGCUGCUGCAUCAGCUGACACUGUACGUCCCAGAUGACGACAAAUCUAUUUUUGGGCGAAGUGUGAACAAACAAGUCUUUGAGGGUUUGACGACAGGAUUGCUGCAGACCAUUGCUACCAUCCUCGGGUCCCUGUGGCCGCAUAUCUCUGAGUCUGGAAAAGGCGAAAACACAUGGAUUUCCUCUCCAGAUGCCAAGGUCAAGAGCUCUGCCACAGAGUCCUUCAACACUCGCACACAAGACCUAAUCAGCUAUGUGGUAAACAUGGGAUUGAUUGACAAGCUGUACGGGUGCUUCUUGUCGAUCCAAGAUCCUGUAGACGAGCAUCCCAAGAUGUCUGCUUUCCUGCAGCAAGCCUCAGCUCUGCUGCACAGCAUGUGUAAGCUGUGUUUUGUCGUGACCGGACGUGCUCCCAGUAUAUUUGACAAUAAACGCCAGGACCCGACUGGAUUGACGGCCCUGCUGCAGUCCACAGACCUGGUGGGAGUGGUGCACACUCUGUAUUGCAUCCUGCUGCACAGUUUCUCGCCAGAGUCUUCUUCCCAGAGUCAGGAGCCCUACGGCCCCGGGGUCAUCCAGGUGGCUUUGCAAGGCAUCCGCUUCCUCAACAGUUUUGCCCUGCUUGACCUGUGCGCCUUCCAGUCUGUUCUAGGAGCUGAGGGUCUGUCUCUCGCUUUCCGGCACAUUGUCAGCUCCCUGCUCUGGUACUGUAACCAGCAUUCCUCUGAAGAGCUUCUGCACGAAGUCAUCGUGUGUGUGGGAUACUUUACCGUGAACCACACGGACAACCAGGUGAUAGUGCAGUCUGGCUGCCAGCCCAGCGUGCUGCAGAAACUGUGUCAGCUGCCCUUCCAGUACUUCAGCCACCCGCGCCUCAUCAGGGUGCUCUUCCCCUGCCUUGUCUCGGUCUGCUACAACAACUCCCAAAACAAGGUCAUCCUGCAGCAGGAGAUGAGCUGCAUCCUGCUGGCUACAUUCAUUCAGGACUGCGCUGCAAAUGAGAAAGAUUCAGACAACAAAAUAAAGCCCGCAGUUUCCCAGCUGCUGGAUUACUGCGAGUUGUCAAACCGCUUUCCAAGAGAUCAGUGGGACUCGGCGCUGCAGUUUUUUCUCAAGAAGCAGGAAGAGUGAUGGAGUUGUGCACUGUCCUCAGAAUGGAUCAGCACAGUCUGAACGCUUAAAAAAAAACGUUAUGUGGAGUUAUUUAGGAGAGAAAAAAUGUCGUUUUUUCUGAUUUGAAGUCUGCACAUGAGCAAAUAUGUUCUUCAGACAUUGUCAACUGUAAAGAUUGUGAAGCCUUAUCAUAUGUUGGUGCAUCUGUUUGGAUUUCUUGGAAAUCAUAUUGAUAUUUUAUAUGUAUUUGCACAAAAUGUCUUGUUUGUUCAUUGCAGUUAGAACAAAGGCGCAACUAUUCCAAUUAAUAUCCGAGCCAUUUGUUUCUCUUUGUGUCCCCGUUGUAGAUAGAACAAUAUACAUUUCAAAGCAGUGACCAUCUAAACCUGAAACAUGUACUUAUACUGAAAUUUAUAAUUUGCCACGUGUUUCAUAAAUACUGUUUGUGUUAAUUUAUUGUAUUUGUCUAAUUUUUUAAUGUGAAUGGCCAGAAUGUUAUUUCUAGUCUACAUAAUGUCAGUUACAAGUUUCAUGACCUUGAUUGUCCGCUAAGAAUUAUAUUGUUGAAGUUAACAUCCUUUUCUUUUCUUUCUCUAAGGAGGCAGACUUACAUACUAAUUUAAUGUAUUGAGGUAUUUACGUUCAUGUAAAAUAAAAUACUGAUGGCUAUA